AUGGUCAACAAGCGUGUCGCUUGUUGUCUGUGCACUGUACAGUCCCCAAGCACCUUUGUGUGGGAACUGGGCGACUGGCCACAGAAAUCAGCUCCCAGCUCUCCCCUCCCCGAAUGGGAGAAGAGAGUUGAGGCGCCUUUUAGAGCUGGCAACCUGGACUUUGACGCCCGAGUCCCCAUCCCAAUCAGUGUCUUCCCGUCUACGUACAGGAGUGACGCUUCUGCCGAAGAAACUACCGUCACCAAGGUAGAAGGGGAAGUUCAAUUACCCAGACCCUCCUCGCGCGUCGGACGGGAAGAUACUCGAUUUUCUAAGCAAGAAGUCGACAUCUCCGUGAGAGACAGCCGUCCACGCCGCGACCAAUAUCAACGAGAGGACGUGCGUGUCUACGAGGAGCGUGAUCGAAGAUACCCCGAGGUAGAGCUCACACGCGAGAAGUACCGCGGACCUACUGACUACAAGGCCGCCAACGUUAACAUCGAAGUCGACCGUCGAGACUCGCGAUUUCCCACCGACGUCGGUUUUGAAGCUGAUCGCCGAGACACGCGUGCUACCAACGUUGACAUCGAGAUCGAUCGUCGCGACACCCGGGACCACGUUGAAGUUGACUACGACCGCCGUCAGACCUACGACAAGACCUUAGAGUCUCAGCUAGACAUAACUGAGCGAGAGUACCGCCGCCGCGUCGAUCCCACCUACGACGUUGAGUACGAACGUCGCCGUCCCGUCCAAGCCGAUAUCACAGUCCAGAAGCAAGAGAUCAAGGUCGAUCAACCAGUUCGAAGAAGAGACAUGGGUUACUACGACGACGACGGCAACUACCACAGCUUCCGCCGCGGUGUGGAGCGUGCUGCCGACCGCAUCAUGCACCCUUUCACCCACCACCAGCAUCACCGCGACGGUGGCCGUGACGAGGUUGUCGUGACAGAGACAAGAGAGACAACUGGCCCAACCCGUGUCCGUGACGGCUCUGUUGAGCAAGUCCGUUUCGUCGAGCCUCGUUUCGGCGGCCGUGGUGUGCCCAUCCAAUGCCACUUCAUCCGCAUCGGCGAUAUUCUUCUUCUCCAGGGUCGUCCCUCGCAGGUCAUCCGCAUCAGCAUGUCCUCUCAGACCGGCCAAUACCGCUACCUGGGUGUUGACCUGUUCACCCGCCAAUUGCACGAGGAGAGCUCCUUCAUCAGCAAUCCUGCUCCAUCCGUGGUUGUGCAGACCAUGCUCGGCCCAGUCUUCAAGCAGUACCGUGUCUUGGACAUCCGUGAGGACGGCCUGAUUGUCUGCAUGACCGAGAGCGGCGAUGUCAAGCAGGGCUUGCCUGUCAUUGACCAGGGCGGCCUGUUCAACCGGAUUGAUCGAGCCUUCGCCGACGGCAGAGGCAGUGUCCGAGUGUUGGUCAUCAACGAUGGUGGACGGGAGUUGAUUGUGGAUAUGAAGAUCAUCCACGGUUCCCGAUUGUAG